AUGGCUACUACAACACGUAAAACGGAUCAGAACACCGGUGACGGAUCUGCUUGGGAUCAAGCAUCCGGUGCUGCUGGCCGGGAUAUUUGCCGUCUCAUCACCCAGAAUGGCCGCAGCUGUAAGCAAUGCUGGCGGUCUAGGGUUAUCGGAGGAGCAUAUACACCAGAUCAAUUGCGAGAAGCGCUAGUUGAACUGAAGAGCUAUUUGGUGGAUAAGAAUGCACCGUUCGGGGUAGACCUUCUAAUACCCAGAGUGGGCGGUAACGCGAGAAAAUCCAACUAUGAUUACACCGACAGCAAGCUGGACGAACUCAUCCAAAAAAUCGUGGAAAGCGGCGUCAGAUUGUUCGUUUCCGCCGUAGGACUUCCCCCGAAAGGUGUUGUGGAUGCACUACAUAAAGGUGGUAUGCUAUACAUGAAUAUGGUCGGACAUCCCAGCCAUGCGCAGAAGGCUAUUGAGAACGGGGCCGAUCUUCUGUGUGCACAAGGAGGCGAGGCCGGGGGUCAUACCGGGGAAAUCCCCAUUGUGAUCCUCGUUCCGGCAGUUUCGAAGAUAAUAAACCACCAGAAGAGCACCAUCACGGGUAAGGAGGUGCAGCUGGUUGCCGCAGAUGGUCUCUUCAACGGACAGUCUCUCGCCGCUACACUGAUGCUGGGAGCAUCCGCCGUAUGGAUCGGGACCCAGUUUACUCUUGUCGAUGAAUCUGGAGCACCACCAUACCUCCAGGAAGCGCUUCGCAAGGCGAGCUUUGGAGACAUCAUUCGCACGACUAUCUUCACUGGUCGACCUCUCCAUGCACGCAGCAGUCCUUAUAUCCGUCGAUGGGAAGAGGGCCGAAGACAGGAGAAAUUGGACCUUCAGUCCAAAGACAUCAUUCCUAUUCAGCAUGAAUUAAAAACGAAGCCGGAUGAUAAAGAAGUCAAUGAGAAUGCGCAUCCAGUGCUAAUGGGGAAAGUGGCUGGAAUGGUAAGUGAAAAGUCGCCGGCGAAGAAGAUUAUUGACGACAUGGUGGAUGAAGCGUCGGCACUGCUCAUCAAGGGUCAGAAGCUGGUGUUAACACCUAAGCUGUGAGCUUUUGAAAAUAUUCAGUGACGGUUGUCUC